GCGCCUAGGCCCAAGCUGGGCCCUAGCAACCGCCGCAGUGACAGUAGCAACGGAGCGGAAUGGCAAAAGCAACGACAAUUAAAGAAGCCCUAGCCAGAUGGGAAGAAAAAUCAGGUCAGAAGCCAUCAGAAGCCAAAGAAGUAAAACUUUAUGCCCAGAUUCCCCCAGUAGAGAAGAUGGAUGCAUCCUUGUCCAUGCUUGCUAAUUGCGAGAAGCUUUCGCUGUCUACAAACUGCAUUGAAAAAAUUGCCAAUCUGAAUGGCUUAAAAAACUUGCGGAUCUUGUCACUGGGAAGGAAUAACAUAAAGAACUUAAAUGGAUUGGAGGCUGUUGGGGACACAUUAGAGGAGCUGUGGAUAUCUUAUAAUUUCAUUGAAAAGCUGAAAGGGAUCCAUGUUAUGAAACGACUGAAGAUCCUCUAUAUGUCUAAUAACCUAGUGAAAGACUGGGCAGAGUUUGUAAAGCUGGCUGAAUUACUAUGCCUAGAAGAGCUGGUGUUUGUGGGUAAUCCCCUGGAAGAGAAAUCUUCCUCUGAGGGCAAUUGGAUUGACGAAGCAACCAAACGAGUCCCCAAGCUGAAGAAGCUAGAUGGAAUUCCGGUAAUUAAACAAGAAGAAGAAGAUGAGGGCUAAUGCCACAUUUCUACUCUUUUUUAACUUAUGAUAUAUUUAAGUAAGAACCAUAGAUAUGGCUUUGUGAAAUUGUCUGUUUUAAAGAGUAUUUGAGGGCAAAACUAUUUUUUCAACAUUUUACAAAUUCCUUGUCAUCAUUCCUCCUUUUUUUACCCCUUCUAAAGAGUGAGUUAACAAAACAAUGGUGACAGCAACUUUCCAUAUAAGGAAACAGGCCUCCUAUUUUGUAACUAUAGAAAUUGCUGAGAGCAGUAUUCAGUCUUUAGUCAUAACGGCG